AUGAACAAAUCCUCUUAUGGCCCCAUUGAGUAUCAAAACUUGAAAAUUCCAUGCCAAGAACAGCUAAAUCGGUCUAUUAAUAUACCUCAAGAAAAAUCUAGAGAAAAUCUGAUGACCCCUUCUAAGCUGAUAAUUGGCAGGAAGGCUAACAAGAACCUCAAGAUUCUGCUUCCAACAAACGUCAAGCUUGAUUCUAAGUGUAAGACUGGCCAGGCAACUAUCAAAGAGGAUUCUUCUAAUCAAUUCUCCUUUUCUCAAGCUGCCUUGCAAGAAAAUUCAUCUAAUGCAAGACCGAGGAAAAGAGUUCGCUCUGAUAAAACCUCAGAGGUUGAGACUGCAGAUCACCCUUCAUCGAAAUGUUCUGACUUGGUCAAUAAUGUCUUGGAGGGACUAGCAAUUGCAAGCGAGGUUAUUGACUCUCAAAAUGAGAACUCAGACAAACACAAGCAAAUGAAGACUAUCAAGUCCUACUUAGAGCAAUAUUCUGACAUUUUCAAGACCACAAAGAAUGAGUUGCUUCAUCUCGAAGCAAGAGAGGCAGAUGAUAUCUCACAGCUCAGCCAGUUCUUUGAUAGAAUCAGGAAAGAGCUCAACUCUAGGGAAGAACUUCUGAAGAUUAAGUACAAAAGUAUGGUGAACUCCUACCAGACUUCACUACAGAUGGAUCUUGAAUUUUUAGAGCAAAAGUGUCAAAAUUUAUGAUCAGUUAUUGACUCCUAUUCCAAGAAGUUCAGGACACCCACUAAGAUAGAAUCCAACUGUUCUGAAGAUAUCAUGAACAGUUACAAUCUUGAGUCUAUUUUAUUGAAAGAAAAAGUGAGCAUGAACAAAAUUGAGAGCAAAAAGUUUACCGUGCAGUCUUCGGAUACAUUCCAGUACCCAGACUUAGACUGAGAUUUCAGGCCAGUAAGAGAGUUAAUUGCUGAAAUCAAUGUGAUUUCAGAGAAUUCGCCUCGGCUUUCAGAUACCAGUAAGAUGUCCCUCCCUACUUGUACUCUUUUGGCACCUGCAACUGAAGGUAAGAUAAAAUAUUUACCAAAAUUUUUAGUUAAAGAAGGUAGGACAAAUCGGACUGUAGGACUUAAUAAUGUGAAACAAAUCGUCGAAGUUGACGACUUAGAAGCAUCUGAGACAGAGGACCAAGGGAUGGAUACAUCACAAAGAAACAAAAGGAAAAUUUCAGAGUCGUCUACUAGUAGCCUAGAUUCUAAAUAA